AAUGCCAAGCUUCGGCUGGAAUGGUGUAAAGCUUGCAGACUCUGGAGCAGCGGAAACACAUUCUCUGGAAUGAUGAAUCACGCUUCACCCUCUGGCAGUCCGUCAGACUAAUUUGGGUUUGGCAGAUGCCAGGAGAACACUACCUUUCCCAAUGCAUAAACGGUAAAGUUUGGUGAAGGAGGAAUAAUGGUCUGGGGCUGUUUUUCAUGGUUUGGGCUAGGCCCCUUAGUUCCAGUGAAGGGAAAUCCUAGCACUACAACAUACAAUGUCCUUCUGGACAAUUAUGUGCUUCCAACAUUGGGGAAACAGUUUGUGGAAGGCCCUUUCCUGUUUCAGUAUGAUAUUGUCCCCAUGCACAAAGUGAGGUCCACACAGAAAUGAUUUAUCGAGAUUGGUGUGGAAGAACUUGACUGGCCUGCACAGAGCCUUGACCUCAACCCCAUAGUACACCUAUGGGAUUAAUUGAAAUGACAACUGCGAGCCAGGCCUUAUAGCCCAAAUCAGUGCCCGACCUCACUAAUGCUCUUGUGUCUGAAUGGAAGCAAGUCCCCACAGCAAUGUUCCUUCCCAGAAGAGUGGAGGCUGUUGUAGCAGCAAAGGGGGAACCAACUCCAUAUUAAUGCCCAUGAUUUGGGAAUGAGGUGGAAGAAGAAGUGUAAACUCCAAACACAUUUUCACUAAAAGCAGCUGUUUAGCUCAAUAAACAAAGGUUGGCUAAAAUGAAUGUCCAAGUCAAGAAAGAUUAACAGCAGCCAGCAGCACUUGCAGCACUAGCCUAUUAGCGGGUCCUUUUUCAAAGCAUAGGUCAGAUAGACCAGUGAGUGCUGUUUGGCUUCAUAUUCGGAGUUGAGAAAUAAAGUUGACAUCGUUAUUAAAAAGAAGAUAUGCUCAUCUUUCCUACUGUCCGUAUGUCAUUCAAAAUUAGUUUAUUAUGUUUUUUGGGCAGCGGUAUUCAUAACAUUCAAAAUAAAGUAAGAAGAAGAAAUCUACGAAAAGAAAUAAGAAAAUAACGGCUGAAUAACCCUGCCAUGCGCCCAUGACUUAUUUUAUCUAUACUUGGCUGUGUGCCAUGAGUUGUAAACAACUAAGAUGACGCGCUAUGAUAAGAUAUAACCAACGGGUCUCUUUUGGAGGUGGUUUCUGUGCAGCAGCGUUGUGCUUGGGCAGAUCAGACAAUACAUAAAAAGAGCCCUGAAACGGUGAACUCUAUUGAGUUGGUUGGCAGCAAGUCAAGAAGUUGAGGCAACAAUGAGUCUCUCCGCUAAGGACAAGGCAAUUGUCAAGGCCUUUUUUGGCAAGGUUGCCGGCAGGGCAGAGGAUGUUGGCAACGAGGCACUUUCCAGGACGCUGGUGGUGUACCCCCAGACCAAGACAUAUUUCUCCCACUGGAAGGACCUGAGCCCCGGUUCUGCCCCGGUCAGGAAGCACGGUGGGACCGUCAUGGGAGGCGUUCUGGGUGCCAUUGAGAAGAUUGACGACCUUAGUGCUGGUCUUCUUACCCUCAGCGAGUUGCACGCCUUCAUGUUGAGAGUGGAUCCUGCCAACUUCAAGAUCUUCAACCACAACAUGCUGGUGACGCUGGCCAUGAUGUUCCCUGACGAUUUCACCCCUGAGGUGCACGUGGCCACUGACAAGUUUCUGGCCCAGUUGGCCCUGGCUCUGUCUGAGAAGUACCGUUAGGCAAUGAGCCAAAUUUCCACUUGACAAUCUUUGUAGUGUGCUAAUUUAAAUGAAAAGAUGCAAUAAAUGAAUCCUACCGAUCGAAUCUGAAACGUUGUUGUCCUUGGUGAUUAAACGUAGGCUAUAUGUUUUUUUAUGUAUAGCUACUUAUUUAUUUAAUUGAUAGACCUAGAUUAUUGUAUUGUGAAAUAAUUACACAAAUAUAUCCACUAUCCACAAAGUUGAAACUUCCACUACUCCACUGUGGGUCCACAAUGCCAUUAAUAGUAAUGGCAAUUAUUAUAGUGAUAGGUAACCACCACCUUCAUUAUCAUUAUUAUGAUCAUUAUUAUCAUUAUUAGGCUACCAUUAUUACAUCACAAUCAUUAUGACUGUACGUUUGUUUAUGUGUAACUCUGUGUUGUUGUUUUU